AGCCCGAGAGCUUCUGGCUGCCGGGUGAGCCACCAACAGGCCUCCAGCCUGGCUGUGCACGCGUUGUACCUGAGACAUCCUGGCCGCCUUGCAAGAACUCCAGGGAGACCGCGGAGGAGGCGAGGACCAGGAAACGAUCUCUCAGGCUGCACUGGCAAGCGCUUUUAGAGGCGCGGUUCACUGGCCCCAACCCUGCUCGGGCGAGCACCGGAAAGCCAAUCAGAAGCCAGCUCUGUGCUAGGGGCGUGCCCAGCCCCCGCCGCGGCGCCAGCCCCGCCCGAGCCCACGUGGGACUGCCUGCGCACGCGCCGGGAGUAGCCGAAGGGGACGCCGGGAGCAGGAAUUUCCUCACAUGGCUCCUGAAGAAGUGACCAUCACAGUUCGCCUCAUCCGUUCCUUUGAGCAUCGCAAUUUCAAACCUAUAGUGUAUCAUGGAGUGAAUUUGGACCAAACUGUAAAGGAAUUUAUCGUAUUUCUAAAGCAAGAUGUCCCUUUAAGGACCAGCCUGCCACCACCAUUCAGAAAUUAUAAAUAUGAUACACUAAAGAUUAUUCAUCAAGCACAUAAAUCAAAGAUAAAUGAGUAUCACAGAUCACAAGAAAAUGGCAUGAGGACAAAUGAACUUGUGUUGAGUUUGGAAGAUGACGACAGACUCCUGCUGAAAGAAGACAGCACUCUGAAAGCAGCUGGAAUCGGCAAGCAUGAGUGGAAGGAGAGAGCUCAGCUCUGACAUAGGCAGCCCGGGGUUGGAAGAACAAAGGCGUUGUCGCUAGCUUGGAGGUGUGUGACCUUGGGUAAGCUGCUCGGCCUCUCCAGGUCUCAGUUUCUGGCUCUGUUAAGUGGGGAUGAUAACACUGACCUUCCAGAAUUUCUCUGUGGCUUUGUUAAGGUGACCUAGCUUGGUGCUGCCUAAACAUACUCUGUUUUGGGGAAUAAUUUCUGCUACACUGCUAUUUUACAAAGAAAUACGAUUAAUCCCAUCGCGCAGGGAGAACGUUUAGACACUGAAUGGGAGGUUGUCCCCUAUGAGCACUGCGCAGUGGAGCCAGGCCUCUUCCUACAAGGCAGGGGUGUCUGGCUGCCGCCAGUUCUCCCCCUCCACCUGCCAGCUCCAGCCACACCGCCCAGCAGUGUUCUUGGACCCAGGGAAGGACCCAUUUUUCAUUUUCCAAGAACCCUUCUCUUCACAUUUUAUUUCCUGAGGUGUCUUGCCCUUGGAUUCAUCUAGCCCUGAGCACAUUACCUGUCACAUGUUUCCUUGACGUGUCCCCUUUCUUCUGGUUGGAAUUUUCCCCAGUUAGGACUCAUGGGCUCAUUAACAACAGCUGGCAAUUUAAAUGUCCUUGCUGUAAGAAUAAAGCCGUCCCUUUCACUAUUCUCUGGCUGUGUAACUUGCUUCAAGUGGGAUGGGGUGGAGUGGGUUGGUAGAAUGAAUGGAUACACAGGUUGUCCAAGGAAAUACAAUCUCUGGGAAGAAAAAUCUUGCAAAGGCCGGUUUUGUAGUUUGAAUAUUCUAGAUACCUGCCAGGCACCAGCCGAUUAAUGCGCAGCCGUUCAUCUUUACGUCUUGCCUAGCAGCUCCUCCUCUGGUAUGACACCUUUCCCGCCAUUUCAGCACAUCCUCAUUACCCAGAGAAGUCCAGGCUGCAGGUCAGGAGGAGUGGCUCUGCACUUGUCCGCCUUUGCCUACCCUCAGCCACCAGGUGGCAGCAGAGUCUGUCUGGGCCUGAGAACUGAUGAAGCCGAGUCAGUGUCAGUCAUUUAUUAAGGACCGUGUGCGGUAGCUUUGUUCCCCUGUAAGUCAGCCUUGGCGUCUGAUAGCUGAAAGUCAAAACCAUCAGCUUGUACAUGGGGUGGCGUGUUGUGCUAGUGCUCAAAAGCGAUCAUGCAAUUGCUACCGCCUAAAAUUUUAUUUUUAUUUUUAUUAUUUUUUUGAGGCAGAGUCUCACUCUGUCACCCAGGUUG